AUGGCCUCGAGCUCAUCUCCAAUCGCUCCCGAAAGACAAAUGACAGGAUCCGUGCAGUACAUCCACACAGCCUCCUCAGUGAUGACAUCAUUCAACCAGCUGAAGCCUCCAGAGCCAGAUCUCACUCUGAUGUCCCACAUCAAGUCCAUCAAGUCACUGAGGCGGGCUGGCCUCACUACAGCCAUUUUUACUGGACAAACGAAGGUGCCGCCGGAAGAACCCCUCAUGGAUGCCAUCUUGGCCGACACGGAGGCUCUGGUGCCCACUCACGACGAGGACGGCCGCCCCAUCGCCGAGUGGAAACGUCAGGUGAUGGUGACAUGGAUGCAAACGCAACUGCGGGAGGACCACCCGUGCAAACGAGACCUGAUGAGGCCUGAGUGGCCGCCUGUGCACGGCUGGAAGUUCUCCCAGAGCCACAAUGCUCUUCUUGGGCCCUUUGGUGAGCUUCUAACCGAAGAAGACUUGCUGUAUCUGCAAAAGCAGAUUGAGCUCUUGUGCCUCCAGAAGCGUCAGCGGGCUUACGAGCUGGAGCUGACCAGGUUGAUGAAGGAACUCAGGUCUGUGUUACCGGACCAGAUUGUGAACAUCUCUUGGAACCAGGAGGCUCUGCGGCAGCUGGACCAACAGGGAAGCCGAGCACUGCCGCUCUGGUGCGGCCGCAUCUCCGAGAUAAUCAGGACUGUGUCGCUGAUGGUGGCCAACCUGACCCAGACCACGACGGAGGCCGGCAUGAAGGGACCGCAGGGUUCAAGGGACGGUCUGGAAGUAGACCAGCUCAAGAAAAUGCUGCCGGAACCAAACGGACAUCAGUCAGUGUCCAUUUCGGGUCAUCACUUGGACAGCAAUAGGGAACGAGCAGAGAAGGAGAUCCGUCAGUCUGGAGUGUCCGUCAAAAACCUGCGAGCCAACUUUGAAGGGCAAAUUGGCGCCACAUAUCCAUUUGCCGGGGUGGUUCCGGUUAGCCUGGCCUUAAAGGACAAGUUGGUAGGGAUGAACGAGCCAAAAGGUGAUGUAACAUUGAGCAGCGUUUCACCCGUGAGAGAGACCACAAGUCUCAGGAAAGAACGCAUAGUCGUGCUGUUCCUCAGUUACUGGAAAAGGUCAGCUGCGGCCAUCUCCAACCGGGCGGCCGUGCGGAAUGCCGAAUGGCCAGGAGGCCAGCAGGAAAGCCCCUCCCUCUUUCGCUUAUGCCAAAAGCGAAGUGCGGUGGACAAGAUGUUGACUUCCUGGAAGAAGAAACUCCAGCUGCGUGCUGCUCAAACGUUCCCUGUGACCUCGUCCGAAAGUCCAGUUCGUGUCUUCUCUCCGGAACAAUUCUUGUCCGAAACAGCCGCGAGCCACGAUGGCUUGACCUUGGAGCUCUUCAUCCUGGGCUACGUCAACAUUUUGGAGCAGGAGUUGUCGCCGCUUGAGAGGAAGAUGAGGCAUCUGCUCUGCUUCGAAGUCUUUGACCAUCUGGGGACUUUCCCUUGGGAGACCGUGCGGGAAUUCCACAAGGUGGUUCUGGAGGAAAUCCGAGCCGGAAGGCGAUGUUGGAGCGACGGCUUCGAUGACAUCAAACGACGAUUCUUCAGCUGCUCGGAGACAAACGCCCAGCCGGCGCCGCCGGUUGUAGUUCAGAGUGUUUUGCCGGAUGAGGGCUGUUGCGGCACGGACUUGUCCUGUUUCAACAACCAAGAUAUUUGUCAAUAUAUUGAUCACAGCUUUGCUUUCUGGAAGGAGAAGGAGGCAGAGAUCUUUGAUCUUGAACAUUAGCCACACUCCAAAAGCCGGUCAAGCGGAGUUACUUGACAUGAGCGGGAAAGUGACUUGGACAGAACAUUGUUUACAUUGAUUUUUUGUGCCAGGUGCUCUUGCGGUUCACAGCCGAGUGCUGCAGGUUUGAAUUUCCACAUUAAGUCGGACAAGUUGGAGUAUUUCAUGAAGCUAACUUGAAUUAAAAAAAGUCUACUGAAAGUGCACUGCCAUCCUUUCCC